AUUUAAGUUUGGAGUUUUGUCACUGCCAGUUCGUUGCCUUGUGUCAGUGCGUUGCGUUCACUGCCAGUUGGAUUCUCCACCCUUAAGGGGGGGCCAAAGACAACAAGCGCCGGUGGCCUCGACGGUCCACGUGGUUUUGGUCUCCCUGGAGCCGGUGGGUUGAGGUGAUCUUUGCAAAGAUCAACUUGUCUCAGUCGCUCAGGAAACAUCCCUGAGGUGAGCUGUGGGUGACAGCUGCCGCCGUUGCACUGGCACAGGAAAGGCGAGGCAAGCACCAUCGAGACAGAACUCAUGCGGGACUACAAGUUUGGACAACAGCAGCUCAUCGAGAUCUGGGGACACGCCUCCGCGCUCGCCGUCUCGAAGGCCUACCCUCUCAAUUCUUUAGCGAAGAAGCAGCCGACCGUGCUGGUGAUCUGCGGGCCAGAACAGAACGGCUCCAUCGGGCUGGUGUGCGCGCGACACCUGCGCAUGUUUGAAUACGAGCCCACCAUCUACCACCCAAAGCGAUCCCCCCACAGUCUGCAUCAGGAUUUCACGGUUCAGUGCGAGAAGAUGGACAUCCCGUUCCUCUCGUAUCUCCCCACAGAGGUCCAGCUCAUAAACGACGCCUACAACCUAGUGAUUGACGCCAUGCUGGGCCCCGAAGACGACGCCCUCGACGUUAAGGAGCCUUACGCCGGGAUUCUGGUGACCCUAAAGCAGAUCAAGAUCCCCAUAGCCAGUGUGGACGUGCCCUCAGGUUGGGAUGUUGAAGAGGCAGGUCAGGACGGGAUAAACCCGGAAGUGCUCAUCUCUCUGACAGCACCCAAGAAGUGCGCUACGAGUUUCUCGGGGAAACAUUUCUUGGCCGGACGCUUCCUGCCUUACGAUAUCCAGAAAAAAUAUGACCUGAACCUCCCAGAAUACCCGGGAACAGACUCUGUUAUUGAACUGUGAAGCUCGAGACGGAAUUUGGGAGCAGCACUUGUUUCGCAUUGUACUGAUGAGAACAAAUCAUGUCUCGGUCGUGUUUUUAGGAGUAGGAGGAUUUAGAACCUGUGAUCUGGUGUCUUUUUAGGGGUAUGCUUGAGGUGUUUCUGUAUCAGUCUCCGCAUAUGAACUGUAGCAUAAUAUAUGUUGGAUUUAUUUAACAAAAGAGUUUUAUUUCACCAAACCUAUUCUUGUUUGAUACUGAAAAGUACAACUUUUUUUUUUUUUUGUCAUAAUAGCAAUAUUUUUUUGUUCUGUUUGCUUUUACAAAACCGGUUCUUGUUGUCUGAUAA